UUAAGCCCGUAGUCGGCCCUUCUCUUCAGACCCCAUCCUGACUUGGAGCCGAAGACAGCGUCACUUCCUUGAAGAUUCGUCCCAAUAUGAAGCUCUUUUCGCCGCUCGUGGCUGCGACGGUCAUAUGUUUCUGGAGUUACGCUGACGCAGGAUCCCACCGGAAGGAAGGGGCGUCGAUGCCUCCUGCCUACACCUCAACUCCUGAUGUCAGUGACUUCGAGCCGCGAGUGAAGUCCGGCCAGACAGGCAGACACGGCAACGGUGCCCACCAGCCACGCAAGACUUCUAAAACUGUAGGAGGUUGCGGUUAUCAGUUCAUAGCCCCAGGAACUUCACUUGUCUUCACUUCACAAAGAUAUCCCGGCUUCUACCCAAACAAAGUCAACUGUGUGUGGGACUUUCAGACCACACAAGGCUCGACCCUCCGGCUGCAGUGUUCCCCCUUCAAGCUGCAGGGGUCCAGGCGAUGCCGGAAGGACUUCCUGCAGGUGACGACACUCGGCUUCAGGAGGAGGUUCUGUGGGAAAAAGAGAGCCUUUGUCGUCUCGAGGAACACCCGCCGCAUCGUCACGAGGUUCAGAACUAACGGCAGAGGAUCCAGUCGUGGCUUCUCCUGUUCCAUAUCGGCCUCGGGCACGCCGGCGCCUCCGAUUGAGUGCGACUGCGGCAGCGUGAACCGUGUGACCCGGAUCGUGGGCGGCGUCGAGACCGAAGUGAACGAGUACCCGUGGAUGGUGACUCUGAGGUACAGCGGCUCCAUGUCACACUUCUGCGGCGCCUCCGUCCUCGCCAGCGGAUGGGUGCUCACAGCCGCCCACUGCACGGAAGGAAUGGGCGCCUCGGACCUCGUAGUGGUCGUGGGAGACCAUGACGUGACAGCGGACGAUGAGACCAAUGCACAGGUGUUCAACGUUGCACAGAUUGUCAACCACCCGAUGUACGACGAUAACACUUUAGAAAACGACAUCGCGCUCCUGCGUCUGGCGUCGCAGAUUCAGUUCCCGGAGGACAACGCCGUCGGGAGGGUGUGCUUGCCCGAGGCCGGCCGGGCAUACGACAGCGUCACGGCCACGGUCUCCGGCUGGGGGGCCGUGCUGGAAGACGGCGCCGCUUCCCCAGUGCUGCUCGAGGUGUCCGUGCCGACCAUGUCCAACGCCGUGUGCAACGGCUUCAUGGGCGGGGCGGUCACUGCCAACAUGCUGUGCGCGGGCGUCCCCGAGGGCGGCCUCGACUCCUGCCAGGGCGACUCAGGAGGCCCUCUGGUCACGGAGGAGGACGGCAAAGCGAAGCAGAUCGGCGUCGUGUCUUGGGGCUACGGCUGCGCCCAACCCAACAGCCCCGGAGUCUACGCCCGUGUUACCGCCUACCUUACGUGGAUCAGUUCUUAUGUUACGGAGUGCUAAGGACCUGCUUCCUCGACCUGCUCCUUGCUCUCUGCUUGUCAAGACCGCCUGCUGGACAUAAUUUCUUCGGUAUCUUAAUGAAUAAUUGAAAUAUUGUAUUUAUACUUCACCAUAGUACCAUCAUCUUGUGUAUAUAUUUUUUUCUUUUUUUUUGAUAAGGCAAGUGUAUGUUACUUUUUUUUUUCUUUUUGCAUAUGAUGUUAUAGGACUAACACUGAAAAUGGUCUUUAUUGCCAAGAUUGCUCAUAAAGUACUGGGAAUAUUCCUGGUAAGGUGAAUUGCAGUUAAAUGUGACAUCCUACUUGUCAGAACUUUUGCUAAGAUAUUAAAAAGAAAAAAAGAUAUUUGGGUGUAAAGCAGUUAUGAAGAAAAACAUUCCAUCCACAUUUAAGAAUAAAUGAACGAGUGAAUAA